AAUAGGAAACAAUAAUCAGCCACUUGAGUACGGGUGGGAAACACAAAGUGGUGGCUGUGACCAGGGGAAGAGCACCUGCAACAAAAAUAAAUCGGAGAGCGGAAGAGAUAGUUAGCACACAGAGUCUGUCCACCGAUAAGGCGGUUCAGUCGGAAAACAAAGCUCUAACGCGAUGGACGGUCUCCCAGUUUCCGCUUGCCUAAUCUUUAUCACCUUGAUGGUCGGUUCAUCAGCCAUGCAGGGUGGAUUUUUCAAGGAGCUAACAACGCCGUUAGGACAACAGAUCAUGCGCGUUGCCAAGUCUGCGGAGAUGCGAUCCUUUAUUGACGCGGAUGUGAAUCCCUGUGAUGAUUUCGAUGGCUACGCCUGCGGCAAUUUUCGGAAGAUAAAUGCGGCCACUGAAGAGAAAGACAGCAAUUUUGAUCUGCGAAUGUUUGACAAUUAUCGGCGUCGGGUGAGGCAGUUGCUCAAUGAGCCCCGGAUAAGCACAGAUCGGCCAAUGGAGCUGCGGGUUAAGUAUUUCUAUGAGUCCUGCCUGGACACGGCGGCAUUAAGGACGAAACAGCGAUCCCAUCUAUUAAGUGUUCUGAGGGAAUUUGGUGGAAUGCCGGCAGUUGAGGGUAAAGAGUGGGACUACGCUGGCUUCGAUGCUCUUGAGACAAUGGCCCAGCUUCUACGCCGCUAUGGAAAGUUGACUCUACUAGGUGUCUAUGUAUCUCCGGAUUUCUCCAAUUCCCAAAUGAAUCGCCUAUAUCUGGGUCAGCGAGACGGAAUGAUUUUCGACUAUGUUUAUCACCUAAGGUUGCAAUUACAAAAUCUUCUCGGUCUCUCGAAAGAGCAAGCCGAAGAAACGGCUAAUGAGAUUUUCGAGCUACAUAUACAACUUUCGCGUAGUGUCCUCGAGCAUGGAAAGCCCCUAGAUCCGCGCCUGAAGAAUCACCUAACCACGCUGUCCAACAUUAGCGAAGCAAAUGGGCCCACUCUAAACCUAACUCGCUUUGUGAGCACCUGGUUGGGUCACGAAUACAAUCUCCCAGUGUAUGAGUCCGUACCCAUCUACCUCUUCCAGUUGAAGAACAUUCUAUUGAGCACUCCCAACCACGUGCUGGCCAACUAUAUGCUGUCCACUUUGUUAGCAGAUUUCGAUAUCGAUAUUGAUAAGGAUAAACAGGAGGAGAUAUGUGCCGAGAAGAUCACUGAACUCUUUCCCGCCGUAAUCGAUCAUUUAGUGUACCAUUCAUUGGAGCAGCAAAGCCCUCACAUGGCCAAUGAGCUAAACAACUUAUGGGUGGAACUGAAGGCCUCAUUCGAGGAAAUGCUGAGCUCUCCGGAUCUUAAAUGGCUGGAGGAACAGACGCGGAAGGAAUUACUGGAAAAACUUAAGAGCAUGUCCUUCGAGAUAGCCGGCAGUCAGGCGGUGGAUUUCGAGGAGCGGUAUGGCGCUCUAGUGGUCAGCUCCGCCGAUUACUACGGUAAUGUUCAACGGCUGCUGGAAGUUAAAGCCAGUGAUCUUCGUGCAGAUCUGAUGCGGGAAUCCAGGAAAAGAAAUUUCUACAAAGACGUGAUCGAAAGUCCAGUUUACAUAACCGAAUCUAAUAUGGUGGUUCUUCCGACUGCUUAUAUGCAGCAACGCUACCUCUGGGAUGACGUUUAUCCGGCUGCCUUCAAGUACGGCACGCUCGGCCUUUUGCUUAGUCACGAAAUGGCCCGGGGAUUCGACGAAGUGAACCGGCUCUUCGACAGUAAGGGAAAUCUAAAUGACAGCUGGAGCCCCCAGACCAAAAUGAGCUUUGACGUGAUUAAGGGUUGCCUUGCGGAUCAGUUCAGUGGGAUGUGGUACGGCGACAGGCCAUUGCCAAAGUAUGAGUCGCAAAGCGUGACUAUAGCAGAUAAUGUGGGUAUACGAAUUGCUCAGGCAGCGUACUGGAAGUGGUUGAAGCAAUUGAAGACCCAGGAUACAGAGAGCCUUCCACAUAUGACGCAGUCGCCGGAACAGCUCUUCUUCCUUAGCGUGGCCCAGUCCAUGUGCGCGGAUGUAAAUGAGUAUAGCCGGGCCGCCUUUGCUUUGGACAGUGACUAUCCACCGAAUGAGUGUCGAGUUAACGCCAUGAUGACCAAUAGCCUAGCCUUUGCCGAGGCCUUCCAUUGCAGUAACAAGACCCACAUGAAUCCCCCAUCCAAAUGCACAAUGUUUUAAUAUUCGCCUUGUCUAUCAGAUGACGCAAUGUCUAUAUAUAGUUAUUAAUUAAAUAUUUCCGCUUCCCAAGCAA